AUCUGCUAUUAAAGACAACAGUGAAAGGAACAGCUACAAGAACAAAACUGACUAACCCUUUCCACCCUCGAGACCUUUGAACUUUGCAAGGAGGUAGUUGGAAAAUCUGAAAGGCGAUGGGAGCCUCCGCUAUCUUGUUUGGUGGUUUACUUCUCACUGUUCUUACCCUGCUUGUUGUUGAUGGCAGACAGAUGUGCUGGUCCUGUCAGUUUGUAUUUGGAGGUCGUGGCGAAGAAUGUGCGGAAGCCCCAGGCAACUGGACCGAGGGUAACCCAAGGACCAGAUGUGAGGGCUACUGCGUGACCUUGGCCACAUUUAUUGCUGACACGGGCGAACUCAAGUAUUUCUACCGUGGUUGUGUCGUUGACAAGGCGAAGCGGAAGCAGGGCUGCGUUAGAGUUGGCACCACAGACGACUGUUACUUCAUCUGUGGUGACGGGGACCACUACUGUAAUGACAAAUCCCUCCCUACGUCGCCUUAUGUGGAGGAGGGUUCUGAUGGCAACGGCGCCAGCGGUAUAUUUAUCUUUGGGCUGACACACACUGUACAUUUGUUUUUAGCCGUUUUGGCCACCCACAGUCUGAUAAAACUUUGUUACUCUCGUUCUGUUGUAUAAAGUGUACUGAAUAAAUGGUGUCUCCGUACUGUGGUGUCUUUAUUGCCGUCCUUGUUGCUUCUGGCGGUGCUGGUGCCGUACCUGUGGGCUGUGUUUAGAAGAAUGUAAGUGAUGGAUAAGAAAAAGAGACACCCAGGUCCAAGUUAAGCUACGCUCUUCAUCUUUGCCACGAGGUUCGAGUUUCUUACAGAGAUGAUGAGGCUUGUUUGAAAAGAAGCCUGUUGCAAAGCAUUUAUUUAAAGGAAAUAAACAAUUGAAUCCCUCCAUCA